UGUAUUUGAAAGCUGGCCUUUUGUCUGUUCAAAUGGAUUAAUUAGAAUUCAUUUUUUUAACAUGGAUCUUUAUUAGGAAUUUUGGUAUUCUCCUCUUUUAGCCUGCAAGAACUCUGAGAUGACAUGGAGUGAUUUUUGGGAUCCAGAACACAUGAAGAAUCCGUUUCGUUGCACUUCCCAUUGUUUCUUUUGUAAAUUUCAGCUAAUUUUGUUGUUAUUUGGUGCUCUAAUCAAGAAAAUCUGCAGUUUUUCAAAUGAAAAUAUGUAAAUCCCUAGCGAAUGUAGUAGAAUCUCUUAGCGGUUCUCUUUGUUUCUUUUUUGACUUUCGCCUCCCUUUGUUAUUAUUUCAUGCUCUAAUCAAGAAAAUCCAUGAUUUAUGCUUUCUUCUGAUAUUUUUAAAAUAAGUUUCUUCUGGGGACUGAAACAAGAAGCAACCAGCAGGAUGAGAUUGAACCUAGAACUUUGAUAUCCAACAUCCAAAGACUUUACCAAAUCAACUGCUUGGAGGUUGUGAUAUUAGGAGGCUUAUGAUCCUUUGGAUUUUGGAAAGAAUUUCUGAAAGAUUUGGCAUAGCAUGAAAUUUAUCAUCCAAGAUGAUCAAACUAACAGCGACAAUGAUAUUCAAGAAGAAACAAAUGAAAGGGAUCAUGGAACUCAGGAAUUUCCUCCGUCUGCGUACCAACCCAGCGCCAAUCCUUGUGGCCAGUCAAGCCUACUCGGUAGAACUCCUGCCAGCAGAUUAGAUGCAGGUGGGAGCGGUUCCAUUGCUUUCCCAAUGCCUAAUAAAUUCACCUCAAUCCGGCCUUCUCAUAGGGGUAGUUUCCCUCCUCGUCCUGCCGUAGGUCACAGCAGAGACCAACCAAUCACAAUUGAUGAUGAUGAUGAUGAACCCCUCUUUCUUUAUGAAAGACCACAGCCUCCUCCAAUCUUUGCCCACCAUGCCCGUUUUGGAUUGAAGAGAAAGCGUGACCAGAAUGAAUCUAUACCCUAUCACCCGCAGCGACCGCCGCAGUAUGCCAGGCUAAGUGCUGACUCCAAUGAUACCAUACCUGAGCCCCUCGGCUAUAAGUGUCAGCUCUGCAACAUAGACCUAGCAUUCAGGCCGAGAAGGUCCAGCUCCGAUCCGGUUCCGGUGCAUGUAGUCUUACCGUGUGGUCACUGUUAUCACAGUAGUUGCUUUGAAGAAGUACAUGGUUGCGUAGGAAAAGAUGAAAUCCCUCCAUGCUUUCGCUGCUCGCAAGGAAUGGUGGCGGAAAUGAUUUGAGCUCCUGUGAAGGAUAAAACGGAAGCCAGUUUCGUGGAAAGCUAAUGGCACUCAAAUAACGUCAUCAGUACCAUCAAAUUUGUGUCAGGAAAGGACUUGACCUCUGAUUCAAAUAAACCAACCUCAGAACUCCUUAUGGUUGCGUUGCAUCUAAGCACUUUUCAUUUAUCUUAUCACAAAAUAAACAGUUUGUUUGAGCUAUA